UACUCAUCAACUUUUGACUGAAUUAUAAGACGUGAUCGAUCACUGUAAUAUUGUUACUGAGCGUUUUGAUAUGAAAUAUGUCUCCAAGUAAAAUAGGACUGCUGGCUGCUUUGUUUGAUUUGAUUUUAAAGUCGAAUCCAUUGCCAUUGUUUGAUUGUCCAUCAGAAUGGAUUGAGCAUAAUUCACAGUGCUACAAAUUUGUAUUUCAUCCACAUGAAACAUAUACUAAAGCUCAAGUUUUUUGUAAGGAGAAUGGAGGAGAAGUUCUUGGAGUAGAAAGUCAGACAGAACACUCAUUUGUUAGAAACUGGUUGCUCAAUUUUGACAUCGAAAGGAACAAUUGGUAUACAAGUGGAGUUGUUCCCCUUGAACAAGACAAUUUCCUCGCCCUAGACAACCUUAGCAAACCAUUAAGUGGACUUAUACGGUGGUCUAAAUUCUCCAAACUGAACAACUCUGGAUUUCAUGUAGUUUACCAGUACAACGAGGGACAAUACAGUUUGACAAAAGGAGAUGGCAGUAAGAAAUAUAGCUACACCUGUGAAACAGCCAAAAGUGAAGCCUUUAGAAUCAUACAAGAUGACAGGGACUUUACGUACGGGACGAACUAUCCUGACGAGAAAUCAGCACCCAGGGGCCCCAAGUUUUACCUGUACCCUACUGACACAGAAAUCCUUGGAUCCACCUCUGAGGUUUAUCUGGAGUGUGCAGCCACUGGGCUCACUCAGCCCACAUACCAGUGGACUGUAACCAGUGAGGAUGGGCAGACCCGGCCCAUAGUGGGCCCUCGAUACAUAGUGACCAACGGCAGAGUCAGCAUCAGCAAUCCUCAAGUGGCGUUAGACGGGGGAAGUUAUCAGUGCAGUGCUAAGAAUGAAUUUGGAGUUGUUCUGACUCCACCUGUUGUGUUAUCUUUUGCAGAUUUAGGAGAAUUUUCCAAUGUUGAUACGGCCCCCAUUCGUCCGUUGGAAUACCAGGGUACAGUGAUCCAGUGUCCAAAGAUUUCCUCAACAUCCAGUCUGUCCAUCAGCUAUAACUGGAUCAAGGACCAAACCACGCCCAUUAACUCCCGACUGACACCGUAUCUCUUUAUUUCUGGAGACGGCCAGCUUUAUUUCUCGGAGGUGACGCGAGGCGAUAAUGGCAUGUACUUCUGCAUGGCGACACUGACGUAUCCGACAGACUGUGACAACUACGCAGGAUCGUUUCAGUCUCCCAGUCGAAUCAGUACGGGAAUACCCUUACAAGUGCAGGGAACUCCAUCAGGAAUAUUGAAUGUUCAGAUUCCUGACAGUUUCAUUCAAGUGUUUCCACGGCAACCAGUGGUGGGAGUUGAUGUCAGAUUGGAAUGUUUUGCUUAUGGAAGUGGACCUCUAGUGUACCAGUGGUUUCUCCCGACCCUUAGAGAUCCAGGGACCAGGGUCAGGUUUACAGACAGUGACCGGGUGUUGACCAUCGUGGGGGUCACUCUUCAGGAUGCCGGGGUGUUCACCUGUGUGUGCUCAAGUCGACGGUCAGGAACUAGGGACCAGAAAACCUUCCAUCUCGCCAUUGAGGCAAAACCAGUGUUCACAGUUCCCCUGAGGGACCAGCACGCAGACAGAGAAUCUGAACUGGUCUGGAGAUGUCAGGCAUUUGGGAUUCCCCGACCCACCUACACCUGGUACCGGAACGGUCAGCUGUUGUCAGGGGACAGUGACCUAGCUAUCACAGGAAACACCCUCACAAUUCCCAGGCUUGGGGAGGGUCAGGCUGGGAUGUACCAGUGUAUGGCCAGCAACAGACAUGGGGUGGUGACCAGUACCGCCCAACUCAGGGUGUUGUCUUUCCCUCCCUCCUUUAAAAAGAGACCGCUGGAAUCCACCACCAUUGGAUCACUGGGGGGAUCUGUGACCAUCCUGUGCCACCCAGAGGCUGCGCCCAGCCCCAACAUCACCUGGCUGUAUGAGGGACAGGUGAUUCCAGGUGAUAGUGGACAGGAAGGGACACCUGUCCACCUUCAGUCACUGACCAGUGGUCACCUGAGGAUUGUUAACCUGAGCUACACAGACCAGGGCUUGUACACCUGUAAGGCUGUCAAUAUACAUGGGACAGUACAGAGCUCCACUGAGCUGACAGUGCUAGGUAGGACAGUAAUGGUGGAGCGGCCCUCAACUGUUACAGUGGUGGUGAAUGGAACAGCCCUGCUGUCCUGUCGAGCUUCCUACAGCCCCGGUCUAGAACUCGUCUAUACCUGGUCCUUUAACGACCAAAGUAUAGAUCCUGAGCAGGAUAACAACUUUAAGAUGAGGAGUCCUUUCACUGGUGAUCUAUAUAUAGUGAUGACACAAUUCAGACAUGCUGGAGUGUACACCUGUACGGCCUCUACCCAGCUAGACUUUGUCAGUACGUCAGCUACACUGUCAGUUCUAGGACCCCCUGGGGAGCCCUUUGGUGUCCAUGUUGUCAAGAGACAAUCAUCCAUUGAUCCAUACAUUAUUCACCUUGCAUGGCAAGAUGGGGCCACUCAUGGGAGACCAGUGCAGGCUUACUCCAUAUUCACCAAGUCAAAUUACUCUGAGAGCAAAUGGAACAUGAUAAUGAAUAUUCCUCUGAAUUCGGUUACAGUGGAGGGAACUUUGAGGUCCGUUAAGGUCCUGCACCUGAGUCCUGGGUCCUCCUAUCGAUUCAAGGUCCUAGCCAUCAACAUCUACGGAGCUGGACCAACAAGUGCCCCUUCAGAUGAGUACCCAAUCCCAGGAGCUGCCCCUUCUAAAGCUCCAGCAAAUGUAAGAAGAGGGAAAGGAAAAGUGGGCAGUCUUCACAUUGUAUGGGAGCCCCUACCCCCAAAGGACCAGCAUGGGUGGGGGAUAGGAUAUAUUGUGGAGUGGAGAUUACCCCGACAGGAUGUACGCACAGAAAAUUCUUGGGAAAAGGAAUUCCUGCCUGGUAAUGUGAGCGAGUUUGUGACCACUAUUCCUGGGAGGAACCAGUACUACGUCCAGUAUGAGGUUCGAGUGACGGCCUACAACAUGUUCGGGGUGGGGAGGUCCUCCCCCAUACAGUACAUCCAAUCAGCUGAUGACAUUCCGGUGGCUGUCCCCAACAUGGUGUGGGUGGAGGCCUACAAUAGCACCGCCCUCAUGGUUCACUGGACCCCGGUCCCCAACACCAGGGACAGUAUGAAAGGCAGACUCCAGGGAUACAAGGUAAACUACUGGUUGCGGUAUGGUGAGGACGAGAACCAGGCCACUCAGGCCAGCUUCAAUGGACAAAUAGAGCAGGCCCUGGUCAUUGGUCUGCUGCCCGACACCUGGUACUAUGUCUCUGUACAGGUGUACAACGACGCAGGCAACGGACAGAAGAGUGAGAAGUACCCACAGAAAACAUUUAGAAGAGCCCCCAGGAUGUACCCCACAGAAGUGCAUGUCCACUCCUACAGCUCUGACUCGGUCAUGGUCAGUUUCCGUGGAGUCUCCACCCAAGUAGAAGAGGAACCACUCCAAGGAUACAAGAUUCGGGUUUGGGAGACGUUUGAUAACUCCAAACAAGCCUACGAUAUAGAUGUGGGUCGAGCUGUGAGUGGGAUUGUGUCUGGGAUAAAGAGGCAUUCAGUCUACAAGAUGAGGGUCCUGGGAUACAGCAGGGGAGGGGAUGGAGCCAUGAGUUCCCCACCCACACUGUUCACUCUAGGUGGCUAUAUUUUCUACGACAGUUCCAGUACUUUAGUUCUCCCAGCCAUUAGUUCCGCCACAGUUUCUUCUUCUUAUAUAAUAACCAUUGUGCUGACAAAGAUAUGUUUAUACCUUAACACAAUUUCUCUUGAAAUUUAGUGUAUUGUUAAUUUGAUAGCAAAUUCUUCAACAUGUAAUUCUAAUUUGAAUUCUAAUUCUAGAAAAAGGAGUUCAUUUGUGUUGGACUGAAAUUAACUUUAAGUGGGUUUGAUACAUUUCAGGAGUAGAAAUAAAAUGAUCUUCAAAAUGAUCCCAAAUGUCGUUCAUGCAUCUUGAUUGUUUGUCAUCUGGGUCUCAUUUGAAUAAGCGUUUUACAAAGAUAACUUAUAUCUUAAUAGUACUAGUAAUUGUCAGUACUGAAUAUAUUUUGUGAAUUUCGUGUUUAAAAGUGUUUUUUUAUGACAAUGACUAUCUCACCAUAAAGGAUUUUUACGUUCGAAUUGUAGUUAUGAUUUGUAUUUGUUUGUACAUGUUCAUUGGUGCUACUGUAUUUCCUGUUGCACUAUCUUUGAAAAUCCACGUUUUGCCAAUGCUUGAUUAUAAUACCCCCGCUCAGAAGGAGAAGGGGUUAUACUGUUUUACCCCUGUGUUUGUCUGUCUGUCUGUCUGUCUGUCUAUCUGUUUGUCUGUCCGUGUGCCUGUCUCUCUGUCCGUAACAAACAUUUCUGUCGCAUUUUUCUUAGAAACUAUUCAUUGCAGAUGCUUGAAAAUUAAACACAUUAUUUGUUUUAGCAUUCCAGAUCGUGGGACAUAUUUUUGUACCAAUCGGACGUCAACUUCCUAUGAAAUGACGACAUUGCUUAUUUUGCAUAUUAACAUCAGAGCGAGUGUAUUACUAGUGAGCAUUGGCACACAGAUCCCUGUUGAAAAUGGGUGUCAAUUGAUCUUUUGUUAUUGUGCCAGAAGUCUUUCAUGUUUUUUUCUUUAUUCCUCCUCUACGAUAUUACCAAAAGAGUUGUCUUUCAUCUUUUGAAUUUCCCUUUAACUUCUUUUCUUAGGGGAAGAGAAUCAUUCAAUUUUGUAUAUAUUUAUAUCUGUAUGCAUAUAUUCACUUUUGAAUAUUAAUAAACUCACUUUUUGAA